GUAGUAUAAACUGCAGAAUUCUGGAAAAGCAGAGUCCCCUGUAAUUUUUAAUGAUGGGAUCCCCUCACUACAUGUUGGCAAUCUACAAUUUCGUGUUGUUCCUGACUCUCUUGGGAAAUUCAUUAUCUGCUUCGGAUUACGAUGGUAAGUAGCAUUUCUAAUUCUAACUAAUGGUAUGUUUUGUAUCUGUUUUGUUUAUUGAGCCCCGAGUGACUCACUGGCAAUCGGAGUGGAAACUGCAAGCAUGCAUGCUUUAGGACAUGGUUAGGAAGCCUUUGGCACUCCAGAUGUUUUUGACUACAUCUUUCCUGAUUCUUUGCCAGCGUUACGGCUGGCAUUGUGGGAGAUGUAGUCUGCAACAUUUGAUGUGCCAAAGGUUUCCUACCCCUGCUUUAGGAUCUAAUCGUGUGCAGCUAAUGGGUUUAUUCAACAAAAAGUGAGUUGUUGUGAGUUAUGAACUAUUUCAUAAUCUCUGGUUCUGACCCAAAAUUGGAUCCCAGGAUUAUGUAGGUGGGUCUACAAUGACUCAGUCAGACACAUUAUGUUUGUCAGGCCCCAGGCAUCCCCUUUAGAAUGGAAAAAGCCAAAGUAGGGUAAUUUGCUAAAUUGAUGGUAAUUUUGUUUAUACUAUUGUAUAUUUAUAUCACUAAGCCAAUUGUAUAUUUAAAGAAUGGAUCAUCAAUGUCUUAUAAAAUAUAUCAUGUAUAUAAUUUAGGUCACUGAUUAAAAAAAGGUUACAAACCAUUGGCUUAGAUGAAACAUUGUCACCUUCUUGUGUUAGAGGCCUUUUCCAUAUAGUUUUUAUUGGCCUAAAUGUUCCUUGUCUGACAGUGAAAGCCAGUACACCCCCUUAGAAUCCGUGUAAGGUUUGGAGUAAAGGCUGGAUACAGUCCUCAAAUUCCUCUUUGAUUCCCUUUAGUGGUAUCUUUACAAUUGGCAAUGUUAAGCAGAAAUGAGGCCGGUUAAGACAUGUGCACAUCGUGCAUUUAUAGCUAACAAGGAGCAUCGGGGAGCCACAAGCUCACCACAAGCUAAAGACAGACACUUUAACAAGCCCAUCUAUACUAUUUUAUACUGCUUUUUAUUUCCUUAUCUCAAGCAAUGAAGAUCACCUCUUUUACUGUAGAUUAGUGUUCCAGACUGUUAUUGUAUGCCUACAUACAAUGUGUAUUAUUAUUAUGUUACCAAAUGACCCAUACAGCUGAUUUGCUGCCAAUAGAUAAGUGGACAAACUGGUGUAUUGUCUGUAUAUGAUUGUACAUUUAAAGAACUGCUAGAUAAGGAUAAUGGUCAGUGAGAGAAACUUGUUUUAGAAAGUAAUGUAUGGAAAAGGAUGGAACACUGACAAUGGUUUGAUAGCGAUGUAUGUAGCUAUAUCUUUUUUUAAACAUCCAGUAAGGUGGGAGUUAUUUCGGAGCAUGUCAGUCAUUUGUGAAAUUCCUAUAUAUGAUAAUUUUACAGACGUCUUUUCCCAUGAGAGUGCUCCCAGAUCUAAGAAGAAUGUCUCAGACAGGGCCGACUGGGACAGAAAUUCAGCCCAGGCAUUUAAAGGGAGAGCAGCCAUCGGAGGGGUGCGGCCCUAGAGGGUGCAUGUUGUAGCAUGGCAAGGUGCAUUAUCCUGCUGAAAGGGUCCCUUGCCAUCAGGGAACACCAUUGACACAGCCCCAUAUGCAGCAAACUAUAAUGUGUCAUCACCAAUGACAUCCGUGCCUCUCCAAAGUGGGAACAUUUGUUUAUUACCCCUCAGGGAGGUACGCGUGUAGCGUGGGGGCUGAUAGGCGAUGUGUGUGUGAGGGGUAGCCAAUAGGGGAUGUUAUGUGAGGGUGGAAUAAGAGAUCUAGAGUGUGGAAGUGGGGCUGCAGAGUGUGAGAAUGGACAUGGGGAGAAUGGACAAGGUGCAUUAUCCUGCUGAAAGGGUCCGUUGCCAUCAGGGAACACCAUUGACACAGCCCCAUAUGAAGCAAACUAUAAUGUGUCAUCACCAAUGACAUUCAUGCCUCUCCAAAGUGGGAACAUUUGUUUAUUACCCCUCAGGGAGGUCCGCGUGUAGCGUGGGGGCUGAUAGGCGAUGUGUGUGUGAGGGGUAGCCAAUAGGGGAUGUUAUGUGAGGGUGGAAUAAGAGAUCUAGAGUGUGGAAGUGGGGCCCCAUAUGCAGCAAACUAUAAUGUGUCAUCACCAAUGACAUUCGUGCCUCUCCAAGGUGGGAACAUUUGUUUAUUACCCCUCAGGGAGGUCCGCGUGUAGCGUGGGGGCUAAUAGGCGAUGUGUGUGUGAGGGGUAGCCAAUAGGGGAUGUUAUGUGAGGGUGGAAUAAGAGAUCUAGAGUGUGGAAGUGGGGCUGCAGAGUGUGAGAAUGGACAUGGGGAGAAUGGACAAGGUGCAUUAUCCUGCUGAAAGGGUCCGUUGCGAUCAGGGAACACCAUUGACACAGCCCCAUAUGCAGCAAACUAUAAUGUGUCAUCACCAAUGACAUUCGUGCCUCUCCAAAGUGGGAACAUUUGUUUAUUACCCCUCAGGGAGGUCCGCGUGUAGCAUGGGGGCUGAUAGGCGAUGUGUGUGUGAGGGGUAGCCAAUAGGGGAUGUUAUGUGAGGGUGGAAUAAGAGAUCUAGAGUGUGGAAGUGGGGCUGCAGAGUGUGAGAAUGGACAUGGGGCUGCAGAGUGUGAGAAUGGACAUGGGGCUGUGUGGUGUGAGAGGGGACAUGGGGCUGCAGGGUGUGAGAGGGGACACGGGGCUGCCGGGUGUUGAGAAGGAACAUGGGGCUGAAUGGUGUGAGAGGGGACAUGGGGCUGCUGGGUGAGAGGUGAGGACAGUGGCUGCUGGGUGAGAGGUAGGGACAGUGGCUGGUAGGUGAGAGGUGGGGUCAGUGACUGCUGGUUGAGAGGUGGGGCAGUGGCUGCUGGGAAAGAGGUGAGGGGGCACGGGCUGCUGGAUGAGAGGUGGAGACGGGGGAUACAGGGUAUGAGAGAGGCUGCUGGGUGAUAGGAAGGGCAUGGUGUGAGAGGGGACAUGGGGCUAAUGGAUGAGAGGGUGGGGGGAGACAGGGGCUGCAGUGUAUGGGGACAUGGGGCUGCAAGGUGAGAGGGGGGCAGCGACUGCUGGGUGAGAGGUGAAGAAGUGGGUCCUGGUGGGAGUGCUGGGUGGCCCGGACAGUAGCUUCUGGGUUAGAGGAGGAAACAGAGGAUGCAGGGUAUGAGAGGGGAAGACAGGGGCUGCAGCGUAUGAGAGGGGACAUGUUGCUACAGGAUAAGAGUGGAGCCGGGACUGCAGAGUAAGAGGGGGGCCGGUGAUGCAGUGUAAGAGGGGGAAGGGGCUGAAGGGUAAAAGGGGGGGCAGGGGCUGCAGGGUGAGAGGGGGCAGGGGCUGCAGGGUAAGAGGGUGCAGGGGCUGCAGGGUGAGACAGGGGAUGCUGGGUGAGAGGGGAAGACAGGUAGUGCUGGGUGAGAGGGGGAGACAGGGGCUGCAGCGUAUGAGAGGGGACAUGUUGCUGUAGGAUAAGAGUGAGGCAGGGGCUGCAGGGUAAGAAGGGGGCCAGGGCUGAAGGGUAAGAGGUGGCAGGGGCUGCAGUGUAAGAGGGUGGCAGGGGCUGCAGGGUGAGAGGGGGCAGGGGCUGCAGGGUAAGAUGGGGGAAGGGGCUGCAUGGUGAGAGGGGGCAGGGGCUGCAGGGUGAGAGGGGGGCAGGGGCUGCAUGGUAAGGGGGGACAGGGGCUACAGGGUGAGAGGGGAAGAUAGGGGCUGCAGGGUGUGAGAGGAGACAUGGGACUUCUUGGUGAGAGGGGAGCAGGGGCUGCAGGGUGUAAAAGAGGGAGGGGCAGGGACAGCUGGGUGAUGAAGGGGGGCAUGGGGCAGAAAACAAAUAAAAACAACUUACAUACUCCCCAUCCCUCUUCCUUACCUUGAUCCUUGGCAGGAGAGGAUGCUGGGGAGGAAUUAUUUUCCCUGGUGGUCCAGUGGAAGAAGUAUCUGGUUUACACCCUUUGACAGGUGUAGACCAUGCCUUUUGGCCAUAGGCAGAGAAGAGAAAUGACUUGAGUAGACUUGUGCAUGGCGUCAUAAUGUAUUUCACCCAAAUGCUUCUCCAAAAAAUAUAUUUAUUUUUUUUUGGCAAAGCUGAGUUUCGGCCGUAUGGCAGUUCGGCACUGCCACAUUUCAUUUACAAGGAAAGAUUAAGAAAAAUGAAUGAGACAAACAUAAUAUUAUAUAAUUUAAACUAAAUUAGUAUUGGCGCUUAGUAGAUAAUCACUUAAUUAAAAAAAAAUAUAUAGGGAAAAAGCAAACAAUAUCACAAUAAAAUAAUCAGUUUCAAAAGUAAAAGUUCCAAGGUUAAUGUUUUAGAAGGAUAUGUCCAGAUUGUAUAGGGAAUUGUAACAGUUCAAGAACUGAUUAUUAUAUUGUGAUAUUGUUUCCUUUUUCCCUAUAUUUUUUAAAAAUAUAAGGGAUUAUCUACUAAGUGCUGAUACUAAUUUUGUUUAAAUUCUUUCUUCAUAAUUUUAAAACUUGAGAAGGUUUUUAUAGUAUCUAGGCUGCUUCCUUUUAUAUCCUGUAGAGUGCCUGAGUGCACUUGUGUAUCCAUUUAUUCACUUAAUUUUUUUGCGCUCUCUUAUUUGUUUAUAAAAAAUAUAAUACUGUGUAUAUAUUUUAGAGUGCAUUUAUAGGCACUUUCCCCCACCUUUAGGCUAGCAGAUCAAGAGAGAAAAAGUGAGAAGCAGUAAAAAAAAAAAAAAGAGAGAAUAAAAUCUAUAUUUAUAUAUUUUAUAAGCAUUAAAUAAAUAUAAAGAUUUUUUUACAGCUCCUCUUGUUGCCCUUUAUUGAUCACUUGAUUGGUGAAUACAAUCAGCAUUUAGAGACUGUCCCUAGCCAUUGUUCAUCUCUUUUUGUGGCACCAUAGGUGAUUUGGCUACAUUUGGCUUGGAGUUUAGGAAUUUGACUAUUCACCUGAUUGGCCGAAAUUCAGACAAAUUGCAGUUCAUAACAAAAUGAAUCUCCAAGUCUAGAUAGGAGAUGGUGAUUGUCAUUAUAUAUAAAUACCAGUAACAGAGAAGAGACCCAUGCACUCUAUAGUUUCAGGCACGAUUAUUGGAAUAUGAACACUGCAAUGUUUUGACCCAAAAAUGGGUCUUUGUAAAGCUUUCCAAGUAAAUAAAUUAAAAGAAAAAAAAGAAGAACACUAUAAUGUCACAUCCUGUGCAAUAGUGUGGAAAUCAGUAAGAAAUCAAAGAUAAUUGUCUCUCCUCCUUUCUCCUUCAUAGCUUAUCUGUCUUGAAACAAGUGCAAUGAACUGUGAAUGCAGACAUCUCAUGACCUACUUACUGUGGUCAUUGACAAGAGAAUGAAACCAAAGGUGUAUAGGAGGAAGUUAUACCAUUCAAUGUAAAAACCACUGGUUGUUUACAUUUCAGUCAUGUUUAAUAAAACAUGUUUCCUACUGAUGGUGUCUAUGUCAUUCUAUUACAUUUUCUUACAGAGUAUUCCAAUGAAGACCAAUCUAAUGAGACAGAAGCAUCUGAGAACAUCCUGUGCCCACGAUCCAUUCCAGGAGACAUAGUCUUCAUGGAGAACCAAACACUGCUGGCCAUCUCCUCCUCAUCCAGGGAGCACCUAAGAAGCUUCAUCACUGUGAUGAUUAUUCCUUCAAUCUACACAAUUGUAUUCUUGGUGGGUUUGCCUUCUAAUGCUCUUGCACUCUGGAUCUUGGCAACCAAAGUGAAGAGGAUGACCUCCACAAUAUUUUUGAUGAACCUGGCAGCUGCAGAUCUACUUCUCAUACUUGUUCUACCUUUUAAAAUAUCAUACUACUUUUUAGGUAAUAACUGGAUAUUUGGAGAAGUAAUGUGCAGGUCUUUAACUACUUUUUUCUAUGGCAACAUGUACUGCUCAAUAUUACUUCUCAUGAGCAUCAGCGUGGAUCGUUACUUGGCAGUGGUCCACCCUUUCUUUUCCAGGACAUUUAGAAGCAAAACAUUUGCUAUUGGCAUGUGCUUCACCUCUUGGAUCAUAGCAAUUUUGUCUACUCUACCCUUGGCAACCAUUCGCCAGUCCUAUCCACUGGCACAGACUAAGCUUACUGUGUGCCAUGAUGUCCUUCCUAGACAAGAGCAGGCCGAGUAUUUGUUUUAUUAUUUCAUGUGCCUCAUUGUUAUGGGUUUUCUUCUUCCACUGUGCAUUAUUGUUUUCUGCUAUGCUUCUGUAAUCCACGCCCUGAUUCUAAGUGGAGACAAAUAUGCCUAUGCGGUCAAGUUGAGUGCAUUAGUUCUGAUCAUUGUGAUUGUCUUCUUGACGCCCAGUAACUUGGUACUUUUGUUGCAUUACUCUGAGCAUUGCCUUCAUUCUUAUGGUGACCUCUAUGCAGUUUACAUGGUCUGCUUGGCAAUCAGCUCUAUUAACAGCUGUGUGGAUCCAUUUGUAUAUUACUAUGUAUCAGAAGAAUUCCGUGAAAAGGUGAUACAUCAAUUUCGAAAGAGUCCCAGACGGUCAGUCACAUCACUCAAAACCACUAAGGAAGUUCUGCCUACUAGCUAUUCUACUUCCCACACCCACUCCCACUCAGUGCUUUGAUACUUUACUGAGUGUAUGUUUCUAUCACUUUGUGAUGGUCUAAGAGCACAAAAAGCAGUAUUAUAAUUCUGUGGCAGAUAUUUCACAAAUUACCUGUCAGUAAAAAGACUGCAGGCAACAACUGCUUUCUUGAGAAGAAGACAUCUAUCUGCGUGGCAAUGGGUGACCUGAAUGAAGAUCUCUGAGAAUAAAUAAAUAAAACAUCAAAUAAAUAAAACAAAUACAUGACAGACUUCCAAAAGUACCAAAAUAAAAUGUUAUAUGCAGAAGUAUGUAUUUUGCGGGUUAAUAUAAAACUGCAUUAAUGUCGGAAUUGUUUUACAAUAAUUACACUUAAGUGUUAAUUACAAAAUGUUUCUGGACUGUGAAAAUGUUUCUGGACUCUGUAAUUAAUUAAUAAUAAGAAAUAUGGCACCGGAAUACACCAACAAACAUCACCACCACUCCCAG